CUCAAGGCUCCCCUGUCCCCGCAGGGAGCGAGCAGCCGGGGCGGAGGGCGUUUCAGCGCAGUGAGCGCAGCCGGGAAUGCGGGGGUGGCCGGCCAGGGACAGGCUGCUCACCCCACAGCUGUUUACUGAGUCUCCCGCUCCGCGGUCCAGGCAUCCGGAUGUGCGGGACGGGGCCAGGGCCAGAGACAGGGCCGGGAACAGGGCCAGAGACAGGGCCGGGACGGGACGGGAAUGUGGGCGGGCGCAGUCACUGGUUGCUCACCCUCCAACUGUUUACUGAGUCUGCUGCCCCGUGGUCCCGACAUCGGGACGUGCGGGACGGGGACAGGGACACGGGGACAGGACACCAAGAGCUUCCCCGGACUCAGGAUGGGGACGUCCUGGGGGUGCCUGGCCGGGCCACCCUCUGGGCGUCGUUUUGGAAAGUGACCCACAUUCCUUAGGCUCCCGGGUUCUGAGAUGGAGGGAGUAGGAGGCCCCAUGGCAAAGGGGUCAGCGGGGAGGGCUGCAGCCCAGGUGUGCCGGGAAGGGGCCAGGCUCCGAGGCCCCAGGAAGCGGGGCAACAGCUGUUGGCUGGGUACUUGCUGUAGGGUUGUGGGAAUGCAAACGACCCCGGGGCUCAGCUCUGGGAGGAGGGAGGAGUGCGCAGGUGAGCAAGGUCAGUGUACCUGGGAAGAUUAGGGCUGGCGGGUGCAGUGUUUGUGUCAAAGCUUGUGGGGAGGACUUUCCUUCUGACAAGGACAGUCUGCUGCCUGCAGAGAUGGGACAGGAAGGGGGCAGGUGCCUUGUGGCAGCAGGUGACUCCAGACUCCUGUACCUGUGAGGAGAGAUGGGAGAGAGAUCAGGGACAGGAGGUGGACAGGUACCUGGGGUCUUGUCCUAUGAGGAGAGGUGGGGGACAGGAGGUGACAGGACCCCUCGGUGGUCAGGAGGGACAGGGCAUGACCCACAGCACAGAGAUGUGGUUGAGGAUUCAGUCUGUGGCCUGGGGCAGCUACCCCCAACCCACCAGCUCCCCCCUGACCCCAGCACCUUUCUUUCCUUCCAUCCCCUGUUGUGUGAGCUGGACACAGACCCCGCUUGGUAGUUUUGGGAGGAGAAGCUCCACUGACACACAUGGGUCUCCAUGGUUGGGAUGGACUUGAUGACAACUGUUUAUAGGGUGUGGGGUUUCCUUCUUGCCCGGUGAAUGUUGUUAUGAGACCUGGAGCCCCUGUGUGUGAUGACCCACCGGGUCACCGCUGUCUUCAUUCAUUCAUUCUGAGGUGUGAGAGGAGUUGAGGUCCCCUGAGACCAUCUCUCCACAAAGCUUUAUGGGGCGGCCCUAUGCACGAACACAUGCUCAGUAGCUGGCUCCUUUGAUCCUGUGUUACGGUCUCAGGGCUUUUUUGCAAUAAAGAUCAGGACACCUGCCAGCUGUGGUCACUGGAAGCCUCCUCCUUCAUCUCACAGGAGCCCUGCACAAGCCGAGGAGACAUUUCCGGGUACAAAGCGGCUGUUUUUAUCCUAUUGGUCGGAGAAUUGAGGUGCUGAUUUGGAGAACUCACAUCUCUUGUUUCUAAGUCCAGUCGACGUUUGAGGCCGAGAGCCCAGGGUUCACCUCCAAUGGGCUGGCAGGUGAGCACUUCCGGCAGGUUCCAGACUCGGUGCUGCACCAAUGCUAACUGGAUGUCAGAGCUGUGUCCUCGGCUCUGGGAUGUGCCCCUGCACCACCUCUCCAUCCCAGGGAGCCACGACACCAUGACCUAUUGCUUGAACAAGAAGUCCCCGAUUUCCCACAGGGAGCCCAAACUGCUGCAGCUCCUGAGCAAGGUGCUGCCCUGCGUCACCCGCCCCGUGAUCCUCAAGUGGUCGGUCACACAGGUUCUGAACAUCACGGAGCAGCUGGACGCGGGGGUCCGGUACCUGGACCUGCGGGUGGCGCACAUGGCGGGGGGCCCUGAGAAGAACCUGCACUUUGUGCACAUGGUGUACACGACGGCGCUGGUGGAGGACACACUGACCGAGAUCUCUGAGUGGCUGGAGAAGCACCCCCGGGAGGUAGUCAUCCUGGCCUGCAGGAACUUUGAGGGGAUGACGGAGGAUCUGCACGAGUACCUGGUCACCUGCAUCAAGAACAUCUUCGGGCACGUGCUGUGCCCCCGCGGGGAGGUGCCCACCCUGCGGCAGCUGUGGGCGCGCGGCCACCAGGUCGUCAUCUCCUAUGAGGAUGAGGGCUCGGUGAGCAGACACGGGGAGCUGUGGCUGGGCAUCCCGUACUGGUGGGGGAACAAGGUGAAGACGGGUGACCUCAUUCGCUACCUGGAGCUCAUGAAAAGCGUCGGGCGCCCAGACAAACUGUUUGUGGCCGGCAUCAAUCUCACUGAGAAUCUGGGAUAUGUGCUCGUGCACCCAUCACAGUCCCUGAAGACCAUGACGUUGCCCAGCCUCCCGUACCUGGGUGCCUGGGUCCGAGAGCAGUGUCCAGGGCCCAGCUCCUGCUGCACCAACAUCAUCGCCGGCGACUUCAUCGGUGCAGACGAUUUCGUCAGCAACGUCAUACGGCUCAAUGACAAGCUGCUGAGGUGCUGACCUGCUGCUUGGUGAAGUCCAGUACGUGGUGAUCCUCAGCUAUCAGGCCCUUUUGUGAAGUCCAGUAUGCAGCGGCUCCGAGGCUGACCCUUAGUCCUACAAGUAUGCCACCAUUUUUGUGACCAAAUGCCGGUGAGGAGGACUGGGGUCCCGUGGGGUCUGCGUGGGGUCUGCUCAGCCUCCUCUUGCCUCCCUGGCAUGGAGCCUCUCACCACCAGUGGUCACAGUUUCUCCACUGGGAGGGGUUAAAUAUAUACGCAGAUGAUUAAGGAUGACAUGACAGCAUCUUGGAAGGAAGAAAAGGACCUGUAGUGUAGAGUUCUGAUCUUCUGGGGUCCAACUCAUCUGUGCUGUGGUUGCUGAGGAGAGAGCCUCCCUAGGCUGCCUCGUUUUGGUGGCUUUGAGAGUUUCAGCAUAGCAUUUGGAUAGCUUCAAGGGCCUGCUAACACACAGAGUGCUCAAGAUUAUUAUGCUGGUUGGAUAGGACUGAAGAUGUUGGAAUCCUAUUAAGAAAAAAAAAAAAUUCCAAUGAAAUCACAGGCUGUUUUUUCCCAGCCCAGCAGGCUUCCUAAGGGCUGGCUGGUUUUAUUUCACUUUUUCCAAGUGUUAACAGAAAUGAAUGGAAUGGAAUGUUCACAUUUAUUACAAAGGUGGAAAUGACUGGCAGGGUUAGAAUGGUGUUGAGUACAUGCUCCCCCACACUUCCCAGAGGCCUUUCUGUAAUGUUUUCACAUGGGGUAAUAAAUGGGUGGGGCAGGUGUAACACAGGAAUAAUGAGCCCCACUUCAUGCUCAUGUUGUGACCUUAUUGCACAUUGUUUCUUGUCCUCAUGACCACCCCGUGGACACUGCUCACGUCUUCCCUGGGGUAAGGAAAUGAGUGGGGCGGGUAUAUAACACAUGUAUAAUAGGACUUGCUCCAAGCCCAUGUUGUCACCUUGGUGUUACAAGUUAUUUCUCAUCCUCAUGACUGCCCCUUGGACACUGCUCACGUCUUCACUGGAGUGAGAACACAGAUGGGGCAGGUAUAGCACACGUAUAACAGGCCCUGCUCCAUGCCCACGUUGUCACCUUGCUGGUACAAGUUGUUUCUUGUCCUCAUGGCCGCCCCUUGGACACUGCUCACGUCUUCACUGGGGUAAGAACACAGAUGGGGCAGGUAUAACACACGUAUAACAGGCCCUGCUCCAAGUCCAUGUGGUGACCUUGCUGUUACAAGUUGUUUCUUGUCCUCAUGGCCGCCCCUUGGACACUGCUCAUGACUUCACUGGGGUAAGAACACAGGUGGGGCAGGUAUAACACACAUAUAAAAGGCCUUGCCCCAAGCCCAUGCUGUGACGUUGCUGUUACAAGUUGUUUCUCAUUUUCAUAACUGCGCUUUUGGACCCUCCCCAUGUUUCCUCUCUCACCUGGCCACUUCAGAUAAGGUUCCUCAACCUUCCUCUUCUCUGCCCAGUCACUCCAGACGCAGGUAUGUUGGCUGCACUGCUCCUCUGGUGCACACUGGAAUUCAAACCUCUUGUCUUCACUCUCCUAUUUUUGCCCUCUUAACCACACCUGUGAUUCUCUCCUUCCUCCCAAGGCUGCAGAUCAGUGUUUGUCAGUUUUCCAACUUUCUAACCCUCCUUUUGCCUCAAGGCCUUGUGGGAGACUGGCCAUUUUCCAGACAGGUUCUGCUCUGCUUUCUGACAUCAGGGUUCCAGGCUUCAAAACUGGAAGGUCCCAGAAAUACCUCAUUUUGUCCAUGUAGAUUUUUAGAAUUGGUGAUUUAAGUUCUUGGACAAAUCGUGGACAGUGACCACUGUUCUUAUCUCACUUCUGUCUUAAGAGGGGAGCUAGGAAUUCUUUUAUGACUCCUGUUCUAGAACAUUCUGCCUAUAGUGGAAGGACAUCAGACACUAGGUUUUCUUAUUAGAGUAUUAAAAAUGACUAUUUAAUCCAUAUUGGAAUAAAUUCUCUUUCCAAUCCAAUUACUCAUUUUCCAAAAGAAAACCUGUUUUUGUUUUUGAUCCCUUAAAUGAAAGUACCUGAAAGACAAACUUUGGGGACCAUAUCCCACUGAGUACCUCAGACCCAUGACUCUGCUGGGUCAGGCUCCCCAGAAGAUAGGAACUUGAUGCUCAAGAAAGACAAGUCGAAGAUGAAGAACCAUUAAGUCUGUGACUUAAUGACCGUCAGUUUUCUCUAAAUCUGCGGCAGGAACUAUCCAACAUGAAUCAUUCAAUUCUACAGAAUAAUUAAAGGAAAUUAAAGCCAGGUAUGCUUAUAGGUUUUUUUUUUUUUUACAAAACAGACAA